AUGAGCCACAAUCGCCCUCCAUUUGAUGACAUUGAGGCCGGUAACUCACCGGGAAACAACCAAGAAAGGGUUCAUGAGAUGAUGCAGCGUGUGAACCGGCUGUCACGGGAACUCGCAAACUACUUUGGACCGGUUAGUGCUAGUUUGCAAGCUCUCCAAACAGCUGGGAAGGUUAGUUGUUCAACUGUGUACCAAGUUGUUGUCAUGGCUAUAGUAACCAGCCUUACUUCUGUCUUGAUAUCUUUAAAUCUUCCUCCUAAGUACAAGUCGGCGGCGGUGGUAGCAAUGUAUGUUGGCGUGCUCUUUGCCUUCAUUGGUGUAAUGAUUGCACUCAUUGCCACUCUUCCACUCCUGCUUAUGGUUGCUUCUGUUGUGAUUUGCUUGGUGGGAGUCGUCACCCUCAUUAUCGCCUAUAUAUCUUGA